CACAGGAGGACAAUAAUCAUCACCGGCUUGAAAAGAUGCUGUAAAUCUGGAUCGUUGUUAGUCCCGUUUAUUGGAUUUACAGAGGACAUUCGUCGGAUUUUCUUUCUAUCGAAAACCACGACUGGAGCAGGAUUUGUGUCGCAUGAAAAUGCCGGACAGAACAAUGAGGCGGCAAGUGCUGUUGUUUUGCUCAGUUAUCUCUCUCGCAUCGGUGGUUGGGCAGGUCAGCUACUCGAUUCCCGAGGAAAUGGCCAAAGGGUCAAUAAUCGGUAACAUCGCUCAGGAUUUAGGUUUAGACAGAAAAAGAUUGACGUCAGGCAAAGCUCGGAUUUUUACCGGAGACAGCGCUGAGUACAUCGAGCUGAACAGAGAAAGGGGAGUCCUGCUUAUCAAAGAAAAAAUAGACAGAGAGGCGCUCUGUGGACAGACGACGCCCUGCGCUUUGCAUUUUCAGGUUAUUUUAGAGAAUCCUAUGGAAUUUUACACGGUUGUUGUCGAAAUUAUAGAUAUAAAUGACAACACUCCAGUAUUUGAGAAGUCUGGCAUGAAAUUCAAAAUAAGCGAAUCCGCUGUGAUUGGAGCAAAAUUCCUGUUGGAGAGAGCAAUAGAUCCCGAUGUCGGCAUGAAUAGUCUGCAGAGCUAUUUUCUAACAAAAACCGAUAAUUUUGCUUUGAAGCUGAAAGAUCAGCCCGAAGGUGAAAAGAUAGUUGAAAUGAUUUUACAAAAACCUCUAGACAGAGAAAAAGAAGAAGAGAUAUUUUUAGUUUUGACUGCCGUGGAUGGAGGGGAACCAAAGCUCUCUGGCACAGCACAGAUUCAUGUAACAGUUCUCGAUGUCAAUGACAAUGCACCGGUUUUUACAAAAACGGUUUAUAAAGCUACAAUACCUGAAAACGCAGCAAGAGGAACAGUUAUAACCAAGGUCAGUGCUUCCGAUGCUGAUAAAGGAUCGAAUUCCAACAUAAUGUACUCUAUUUCCAACACUGCUGCAGAUGUACGAGAUAUGUUUGAAAUUAAUGAAUUAAAUGGAGAUUUGAUCUUGAAAAGUAAUGUAGAUUAUGAAAAGGCACGUUUCUAUCAAAUACAUGUACAAGCCAGUGAUGAAGGAGGACUGACAGAUUCAUGUAAGGUCACAGUUGAGGUGACAGACAUUAAUGAUAACAAGCCAGUUAUUAAUAUAAUGUCACAGACUAAUGUAAUCCCAGAAGACUCUAAACCAGCAACUGUUGUAACUAUGGUAAAUGUGCAGGACAUAGAUUCUGGAGAAAAUGGCAAAGUGCAUUGUGCUAUCAAUGAGCAUAUUCCUUUUACAUUAAAGCCAACAUCAAAUAGUUUCUUUAACCUAGUGACAGACAGUGAUUUAGACAGAGAG